AGCACCACCCUCGGGCGCAGGCAGGCCAAGCCGAGGAGAAGAGCGAGCUCGGCAGCGCCGUCUCCUCCCCCUCCUCCCUUGGACCAGACCUGCGGAGGCGAGCGUGUCUGCCCUUCCUGGCCCCUCGCUCUGAGGAGAUGCGCUUAGCGGCUGCGGGCAGAGCAAAGGCGGCCUCUCCGGGAUCCCGCGGCGGCGGCGGCUGCUUAGCGCUUUGAGAGGACGCGCUUGGAGCAUCUUCCCAGGGGAGGACUGGGCGUCGCACCGGGUCGCUGCCUCCCGCUUUCUUCUUCUUCUUCUUCUUCUUCUUCUUCUUCUUCUUCUUCUGUCGCUGCUUUUGGGACUUGGUGAGAGGGGCCUCUCUUCUUCUCCUCUCUCCUCGCCGCGAUGCUCCCUUUGCCGUGCGGAGGGUCCCCUCUGCUGCUGGGCGCUUGGUUGCUGUGGGUUCAGAGCUGCCUCUCGCUGCGAGUCCUGAGUGGACAAAAGAUAUGUUAUGGGGAUUCAACACAUCCCUGCUACAAAAUAGCCUAUUUCCAAGACUUGUCCAGACGUCUGGGUUUCCAGGAGGCUCACCUAGCCUGUCAAAUAGAUGGUGGAGUACUUCUAAGCCUUCAAAGUGAAACAGAACAGAAGCUAAUAGAAAAUAUGUUGCAGAACCUCACAAAAUCAGGCCCCAGAAUUUCUGAUGGGGACUUUUGGAUUGGGCUGUGGAGAAGUGGUGAGGGACAAACCACAGCAAGUGCCUGCCCUGAUCUUUACAAGUGGACAGAUGGAAGCAGUUCACUUUUCAGAAAUUGGUAUACAGAUGAGCCUUCCUGUGGGAGUGAAGCUUGUGUUGUGAUGUAUCAUCAACCAACUGCAAAUCCUGGUUUGGGAGGGCCUUAUCUUUACCAAUGGAAUGACGACAGAUGCAACAUGAAGCACAAUUUUAUCUGCAAGUAUGAUCCAGAUGACAUCCUAGAAAAAGAAUUAGGAGACAGAGCAGAUCCGGAUUAUGAAGUCAGAACAACAGUGCCAGAAGGGAAGCCUCACGAUUCAAGCAUGCCGGAAGAUCAUUUUCCAGUGGUUGUUACUGAAACUGUAAAGGUAGAACAAAAACUAGUCCGGACCAGUCUACACUAUGGAUUUCUAAGAACCCACGGAAAGACAGUAGCAUGGAGGUAUAGACAUAUGACUGAAAAGAAAGCAGGAAUAACAUUUUUUCCAUUCAGGAUCUAUUAUAAUGUCAUGUCAGAUAUUAGCUUGGAAUGGCUUGGAAUUGCAAUGGAUCAGCAGAAUGAACUGGAAGCUCCCCCUUGAGGCAAUUGUUCAGAUCAUUUUUAUAUGCAAUGUUUGAUUUUGAAUUCAGUAGCACUCUAAAAGAAAAAGAAUGCAUUUAUUUUGCUAAGGAAAAUGACUCUGUUACAGAUAGUAAUGAGAUGGACAGAAUAUUUGGAACACAUGUGGGGAAAUGUGUACUGUAUAUGUCAGUUCUAGAACAAUCAUUUCUAGUUUAAAUUUUAACUUUUCCCCCCUCGUUAGUUUCUCAUACAUUGUAUUGUCCCUUAUU